AUGCCCAAGAUCAAGACGGACAACGGAAACGUCGUAAAGGUGUCCCUGUUAGACGUCCUCAAAAGUGACAAGACUCUGGAACUUGAGGCUGCUUUACGGCGAGCAAAGGCCGCGAAAAAGACCGCGCAGGGAAACGAAACGGAAGAACCAGUAGCAUCUUCAGCCGAAAGAGCUGCGAUCGAAAAGACAGCUAUUCAAAAAUACCUGGCAGAAAGGGCCGCUGCGAAGAAAAAAGCCAAGGAAAAGGAAGCCAGAGAGAGGGUUGCCGCGGCCGAAAGAGAAGCGAUUGAAAGAGCCGCCAUCGAGAAAUAUCUUGCAGAAAAAGAAGCUGAGGAGAAAGCUGCCAAGGAGAAGGAAGAAGCAGAAAAGGCUGCUGCCGCCGCCGUCAUCGAAAGAUACCUAGCGGAGAAGGCGGCCGAGGAAAUCGCAGCCGCAGAGCGAGCUGAGGCUAUCCGGGCAGCUGCUGAAAAAGUGGCUGCUGAGAAGCUCAGGGCGGAAAAGAUUCUCACAGAGAGGACUGAGUCUGACGUUAUUACUGGACCUAGUACAGCCUCCACUACGUCUUCUGCGAAAGCACCGGCGUCGUACGUCUGGACUCCCGCACAGGAUAAACGACUCCGAGAGCUCAAGCUUGCGGACAACACAUGGAGGGCGAUAUCGUCCGAACUGGAAGGCAGACCCAUCAAUGAGCUCAAGCGACGCUGGGCAAAGAUCAAAAAGACGGCAGACAGUUCAGACGAAGAGAGCAGGAAGAGCAAGGGAUCCGAGAAGACGAAGUGGAAGGGCAAAGGAAAACAGAAGAUGAACAGCAAAGGCAAGUGCAGGCGAACGGACAGUGACAGCAGCGAUUCUGCAAGCGAUGGGGAAGAGCAGGGUAGCCGAUCAGACCGGUCAAAGCAGAAACACCGCGUCUCGUUUGCAGAACCAUUACCCACGUCAGACAAAAACGACGCCCCCGUCAAAGAGGUCCGCAAAUACUUCUACAUGGACGACAAAUUCACGCUCGAAGAAAUCAUCCUAUUGCACAAACUGGCCGACCACUACGAGAACGAGAAAUGGCUGCGCGUGAGCUCUCGCUUUUUCGACAAGACCGGGAGACGGAUCAGUCCGGAUGAUGCCAAACUGAGGGUGAAAAAGGAUAUGCGAGAGGAUUGA